GGUAGUGACAAGCACUGCCCAUUUUGUUGUAGUUAGCGAUGUGGCCACUAGAGGCCGCAGCCGAGGCGCGCGUUUAACAGGAAAUGUCCUCGCAAAACAAAGCUGUGUAAUGAUCGGCGUGCACUGUACUAGUGAGUGAGUGUUGGAUAGAAGAUCAGUGCAAACAUUCUGCUCAAGCGAACUGGUUGUCUGUGCUAUCCGCGCUUCGUAUUACUAUGCUUCCCAUACACUCUCAAUACGGAUACAGUGUUGCUCAAUAUUUCUUGCUUUUGUCGCUUGUGCCCCUCAUCACUGCAAAAGGAGAUGAUGUGGAGAGUCAUGAAAAGAUCCAUGACGCUGACAAACCUCCCUCUGAGAGUCAGCUCGACUUGAAAGAAGUGGUGUUUGUCAUCCAGAGCCAGAGGAACUCUUUCCAUGUGCAGCAGGCAGAGAAACUAAGAAAAGACCUUCUUCAGCAGACACAAGCUCUUCAAGAGAGUCCCCCUGUCAUCCUGCUCCUGCACACACUGUCAGACAAUGAGGGAGACUGGAGCAUUCUCCCACUGCUGCCUUACUUGUCAUCACAGUUUGGGAAGAACUCUUCUUGGAUCAUGUUUCUGGAGGAGGACACCAGAGUGAAACUCCAUAAACUUAAUAAAGUCCUCAAAAAAUUUGACCGCAGAAAAGAGUGGUUUCUUGGCAAGGCACUCCAUGAUGAAGAGUCCACCAUCAUCCACCAUUAUGCCUUUUCUGAGAACCCAUUGGCUUUCGAGUACCCAGACUUCUCUGCAGGAUGGGCGCUUAGUAUCCCUCUUGUCAACAGGUUGACAAGCAAAAUGGAAGAUGAGCCUUUAAAAUCAGACUUCACCAUAGAUCUAAAACAUGAGGUGGCGCUGUACAUUUGGGAGGAUGGAAAGGGACCUCGACUAACAGGUGUUCCAGAACUUUGCACACUGUCAGAGGAAAAUCCAAGAGCACAAAACUGUGCCACCACUGUCAGAAGCCAUUCACCACAGUGUGGCCAGCCUGUUGAUUGUGAAAACAUCUUUGUAGCGGUGAAAACUUGUAAGAAGUUCCAUUCUGACAGAGUUCCUGUGGUGAAGAAAACAUGGGGUGAACAAGCCGCACUGCUGGAGUAUUACAGCGAUUACGCAGAUCCCUCUAUACCGACCAUCAAUCUGGGAGUCCCAAACACAGAAAGGGGUCACUGUGGGAAAACAUUCGCCAUUUUAAGAAGAUUUUUGAGCAGUCAUGUGCCCAAAACCGAUUGGCUGUUGAUUGUAGAUGAUGAUACUCUUAUAAGCUUGCCCAGACUGCAGGCCUUGCUGAGCUGCUAUGACUCCAGUGAGCCAGUGUGUCUGGGAGAGCGCUAUGGGUACGGAUUGGGUCAGGGAGGAUACAGUUACAUCACUGGUGGUGGGGGGAUGGUGUUCAGUCGAGAGGCUGUGGUCCAGCUGUUGGCCAGCGGCUGUAAGUGCUACAGCAACGAUGCUCCUGAUGACAUGGUUUUGGGCAUGUGUCUCAAUGCUCUCCGAGUUCCUGUCACACACAGUCCCCUGUUCCACCAGGCUCGUCCAGAAGAUUACGCAAGGGAGUUCUUGGCCCACCAGACCCCCAUUUCCUUCCACAAACACUGGAACAUAGACCCUAUUGUGAUGUUUAACAAGUGGUUGAAGAAUGGCAAACACACAGAAGGACUACAGAAAAGCACUAAAGAAGAAUUAUAGUGUCUGAGUGUGCGUGUGAGAGUAGUAGUGAGAGUGUGUAUGUCUGGUCUGGCGUGUGCAAAUGUUAUUGUUCGCCCUUCAUUGUUACAUUAUGUUUUUCAAUUUUGUGAAUCUUGCACAAACAUAAAUGGAAGGAUGCCUUCUGAUCUGUAUGAAUGUCCUUUACAGUCGUUUUCUUGGGAGUUGCAUGUCUCAAAUGUCUGAAAUAUUAAUAUUCCACAAUUAACCCAACCUGUCCAAGGUUAUUUGUAGGUUUAUUUUUAAACACCUUUGUUUUCUAAAAAGAUUUUAAUUGUGUGUGAAUUAUAAUAUUGAAAUUUAUGAUAAACUUCAAAUCCUGUUGCCUUAAA